CGGCCCGGCUGCGCUCCUCGUGGAGCAGGAGGGCGGCGGGCAGCAGCAGCAGCCAGACGCCGAGCCGGGGCCCCAUGGUGGCGCGCUCGGGGCGGCGGGGACUGGCGGGGGACGGCGGGGGACGACGGCCGGGCGCUCCGGGACCGCGGCGGGCGUCUCACUCUCCGAGGGCCGGGGCGCGAGCGCUGCGCACCGUCCGGGGCGCGGCGGCUCGCAGUGGAGACCUGAGCGCGGCCAGGCGAGCUCCCCAAUUUGUUGGCGCUGCCCCCUCCCCUCGGCGGCGCGCGGGCGGCGUCUCAAAGGGGAGGACCCUGCGGCGCGGGAGGGACCGACCGGAGCCCAGAGUGGCCGGAUUGGGAGCAUGGACGGAGACCAGUACGCAGCGUCCAGCCCUGCCCUGCGGCGGUGGCUGCUGCUGGGGUUCGUGACAGUGGGGCUCCUGGCCCAGAGCGUCCUCGCGGGUGUGAAGAAGUUUGAUGUUCCCUGUGGAGGGAGAGACUGCAGCGGAGGCUGCCAGUGCUACCCCGAGAAAGGAGGGCGGGGUCAGCCAGGGCCCGUGGGCCCACAGGGGUACACCGGGCCCCCAGGGUUACAAGGAUUCCCAGGACUGCAGGGCCGCAAAGGUGACAAGGGUGAAAGGGGCCAUCCCGGGAUCACAGGACCGAAGGGAGACGUGGGAGCAAGAGGCGUCUCUGGAUUCCCUGGUGCCGACGGAAUUCCUGGACAUCCUGGGCAAGGUGGACCCAGAGGACCACCGGGCUACGAUGGCUGCAACGGGACCAGGGGAGAUGCCGGCCCGCAGGGACCCUCUGGCCCUGGGGGGUUCCCCGGCUCUCCUGGGCCCCAAGGACCCAAAGGGCAGAAAGGCGAACCUUACGCGCUGUCCAUUGACGACCGAGACAAGUACAGGGGUGAACCUGGAGAGCCUGGAUUGGUUGGUUUCCAGGGGCCUCCCGGCCGCCCUGGGCCUGUGGGACAGAUGGGUCCAGUUGGACCUCCAGGAAGACCAGGACCGCCUGGACCCCCUGGACCAAAAGGGCAGCGAGGCAACAGAGGUCUUGGAUUUUAUGGCGAAAAGGGUGAGAAGGGCGACAUGGGACAGCCAGGACCCAAUGGGAUUCCAUGGGAGACUGACCACGCCAUCAUCGGGCCCACGAAGGAAACGAUCCACCUAGAGCAGUACAAGGGUGAAAAAGGAAGUGAGGGGGAACCGGGAAGAGAGGGCAUUUCCUUCAAGGGAGAAGAAGGCAUCAUGGGCUUCUCAGGAGCUCGGGGUGCUCCUGGCCUCGACGGUGAAAAAGGCUCACCAGGACAAAAAGGAAGCAGGGGACUGGACGGUUAUCAAGGCCCUGACGGACCCGCAGGACCCAAGGGAGAAGUGGGUGACCGAGGCCUGCCGGGACCACCUGCAUACUCCCCUCAUCCUUCCCUAGGGAAAGGUGCCAGAGGUGACCCAGGAUUCCCGGGGGCCUACGGGGAGCCAGGAAGCCGGGGUGAUCGGGGAGACCCCGGCCUGCCAGGCCUCCCUGGCGCGUCCGUCGGAGAUGAAGAUGAGAAGAGAGGCUUACCGGGUGAAAUGGGACCCAAAGGCCUCGCAGGAGACCCGGGCCUCCCUGCGCUAUACCCUGGCCCACCAGGAGCUGACGGAAGGCCAGGGCUCCGAGGACCCCCAGGGCCUGCUGGACCACCUGGACCAGAUGGUUUCCUUUUCGGCCUUAAAGGAGCAAGAGGGACGGCGGGCUUCCCCGGGGCUUCUGGUUUCCCUGGGGCUCGUGGACAGAAAGGAUGGAAAGGUGAAGCUGGAGACUGUAAAUGCCCAGAGGGUGAUGAGUUCGUCAAGGGUCUGCCGGGGCUGCCAGGACCCAAGGGCUUUCCGGGCAUCAGUGGGGAGCCAGGGAAGAAAGGCGGCCAAGGAGAUCCCGGCCAGCACGGCAUCCCUGGGUUCCCAGGCUUCAAGGGAGCCCCUGGUGGCAUUGGACCUCCUGGGCCCAAAGGAGUGAAGGGAGAUUCUAGAACAGUAACCACCAAAGGUGAGAGGGGACAACCAGGUGUCCCAGGUGUGCCUGGCUUGAAAGGCGACGACGGCAUCCAGGGACGUGACGGGCUCGAUGGAUUCCCAGGCCUUCCAGGCCCUCCUGGUGAUGGCAUCAAAGGCCCCCAAGGGGACACAGGUCACCCAGGAGUGCCUGGCACAAAGGGCAUUCCGGGCGAAAGGGGCCCCCCAGGAUUGGGCCUGCCAGGCCCCAAAGGCGAGCAUGGUUUCCCCGGAGAUGCCGGCUUACCUGGCCCCCCAGGCUUCCCCGGUCCUCCUGGCCUCCCCGGCUCUCCAGGACUAAUAGAUUGUGAUACAGGUGUGAAAAGGCCCAUCGGAGGUGACGGACAGGAGACCAUCCCACUAGGUUGUGUUGGAGGGCCCAAGGGAUCACCAGGCCCACCGGGACCCCCAGGCCCCACAGGUGCCAAAGGCCUCAGAGGGAUACCAGGAUUCUCAGGAGCUGACGGAGCCCCAGGGCUGAAGGGACUCCCAGGAGAUCCAGGACGUGAGGGAUUCCCAGGACCCCCAGGGUUCGUCGGCCCUCGAGGAUCCAAAGGUGCAGUGGGCCUCCCUGGCCCAGAUGGACAGUCAGGUCUCACCGGCCUGCCAGGGCCAAUGGGGCCCCCAGGGGACAGGGGCCUUCCUGGAGAAGUCCUGGGAGCCCAGCCCGGGCCCCGGGGAGAUGCUGGACUGCCGGGACAACCUGGGCUGAAAGGCCUCCCAGGAGAGCGAGGCCUGCCUGGAUUCAGGGGAAGCCAGGGGAUGCCAGGAAUGCCAGGCCUGAAAGGUCAGCCAGGCUUCCCAGGACCUUCAGGCCAGCCGGGACUGCCUGGGCCGCCAGGACAGUACGGCUUCCCAGGAGCUCCCGGCCAAGGGGGGCCCUUGGGGCUGCCAGGCGCACCAGGUCUUGGAGGUCUGCCUGGAGACAGAGGGGAGCCAGGUGACACAGGUGUCCCUGGCCCUGUGGGCAUGAAGGGUGUCCCUGGUGACAGAGGUGACCCUGGGUUGUUAGGUGAGAGAGGUCACCCAGGAAGCCCUGGAUUUAAAGGAAUGGCCGGAAUGCCUGGUAUCCCAGGACCAAAAGGGGGCAGAGGCUCACCCGGGAUGGACGGCUUCCAAGGCGUGCUGGGACUCAAAGGGAGACCCGGGCUCCCGGGAAGCAAAGGAGAGGCCGGCUUUUUUGGAGUUCCGGGGUUGAAGGGUCUGGCUGGUGAGCCAGGUGUGAAAGGCAGCCGAGGGGACCCUGGCCCCCCAGGACCACCUCCCAUCAUCCUGCCAGAAAUGAAAGACAUCAAAGGAGAGAAAGGAGAUGAAGGACCCAUGGGACUGAAAGGAUACCUGGGCCUAAAAGGUCUUCCAGGAAUGCCGGGGAUCCCUGGGCUGUCGGGCAUCCCUGGGCUGCCCGGGAGGCCCGGCCACAUCAAAGGAGUCAAAGGAGACGUCGGCGUGCCCGGAGUGCCCGGUCUGCCGGGAUUCCCUGGGGUGCCUGGCCCCCCCGGGAUCAUAGGGUUUCCAGGGUUCACGGGAAGUAGGGGUGACAAGGGAGCUCCGGGGAGAGCAGGCCUUUACGGCGAGGUUGGCCGCACAGGUGAUUUCGGUGAUAUUGGAGACACCAUAGAUUUACCAGGAAGCCCGGGCCUGAAGGGGGAACGGGGCCUCACUGGAAUACCAGGUCUAAAGGGAUUCUUUGGAGAGAAGGGAACAGAGGGCGAAGUUGGCUUCCCCGGCAUAACAGGCGCAGUGGGCGUCCAAGGCCCCCCCGGACUGAAAGGGCAGACAGGCUUUCCAGGACUGACCGGGCUGCAGGGGCCUCAGGGAGAGCCAGGACAGGUCGGAAGGCCCGGCGACAAAGGCGAUUCUGGCUGGCCGGGGACUCCAGGCUUACCAGGUUUUCCGGGCAUCCGAGGCAUCAGUGGAUUGCACGGCCUGCCAGGCACCAAGGGCUUCCCGGGAUCCCCAGGUGCGGACGUCCGCGGAGACCCAGGUUUCCCAGGUCCUGCUGGGGACAGGGGUGACCCAGGAGAGGCCAAUACCCUUCCAGGCCCUGCCGGAGCCCCGGGACAGAAGGGGCAGCAAGGAGCCCCAGGGGAGCGAGGCCCGGUGGGGAGUCCAGGACUUCAGGGCUUUCCUGGCGUCACCCCCCCCUCCAACAUCUCUGGGUCACCUGGUGACAAAGGGGCGCCGGGGAUAUUUGGCCUGGAAGGUUAUCGAGGGCCCCCGGGGCCACCUGGCCCUGCUGCUGUUCCUGGAAGCAAAGGAGAGGAGGGGAACCCAGGAUCUCCAGGAAACCCAGGGACCAAAGGAUGGGGUGGGGACCCGGGACCCCAGGGCCGGCCUGGCGUGUUCGGUCUCCCAGGAGAAAAAGGGCCCAGAGGUGAGCAAGGAUUCAUGGGAAACACAGGAGCCACCGGGAGUGUGGGCGACCGAGGCCCCAAGGGACCCAAAGGAGACCGAGGGCUCCCGGGUGCCCCCGGUUCCGUGGGCUCCCCAGGGAUUGCCGGAAUCCCCCAGAAGAUUGCCAUCCAGCGGGGGCCAGUGGGUCCACAGGGAAGGAGAGGCCCCCCGGGGGCACAGGGAGAGAUGGGGCCCCAGGGCCCCCCAGGAGAACCAGGUUUCCGCGGGGCUCCAGGGAAGGCGGGGCCCCAGGGAAGAGGUGGUGUUUCUGCUGUGCCCGGAUUCCGAGGAGACCAGGGACCCAUGGGGCACCAGGGACCCAUUGGCCAGGAAGGGGCACCAGGCCGCCCGGGGAGCCCGGGCCUGCCUGGCAUGCCCGGCCGCAGCGUGAGCAUCGGCUACCUGCUGGUGAAGCACAGUCAGACGGAGCAGGAGCCCAUGUGCCCCGUGGGCAUGAAGAAGCUGUGGAGUGGGUACAGCUUGCUGUACUUUGAGGGCCAGGAGAAAGCCCACAACCAGGACCUGGGGCUGGCAGGCUCCUGCCUGGCCCGCUUCAGCACCAUGCCCUUCCUGUACUGCAACCCCGGCGACGUCUGCUACUACGCCAGCCGGAACGACAAGUCCUACUGGCUCUCCACCACUGCCCCGCUGCCCAUGAUGCCCGUGGCCGAGGAGGACAUCAGGCCCUACAUCAGCCGCUGCUCUGUGUGUGAGGCCCCGGCCGUCGCCAUCGCCGUCCACAGCCAGGACGUCUCCAUCCCCCACUGUCCGGCGGGAUGGCGGAGUCUGUGGAUCGGGUAUUCCUUCCUCAUGCACACGGCCGCGGGCGACGAGGGUGGCGGCCAGUCGCUGGUGUCGCCGGGCAGCUGUCUGGAGGACUUCCGAGCCACACCCUUCAUCGAGUGCAAUGGGGGCCGAGGGACCUGCCACUACUACGCCAACAAGUACAGCUUCUGGCUCACCACCAUCCCCGAGGAGAGCUUCCAGGGCUCGCCCUCCUCCGACACCCUCAAGGCGGGGCUCAUCCGGACGCACAUCAGCCGCUGCCAGGUGUGCAUGAAGAACCUGUGAGGCCGCCCGGCCCGCCUCUCCUCGGUCCACGGGCAGCGGAGCCGCCUUGGUGCUUACUCUUAACUUAUUACCUCAGAUGACCAUCCAAAAAUCAAUUUCAUUUUUUUCUUUAAAAAGCAAGAAAAGGUAACCAAAGGAAUUCAGCACCAGCACUUACACCACAUAGCCCUUGUCUCCCCAGGCACCCGCCACCCUGCCCCCACAGAGUGCGGCCCGCCUGUGACACUGACACCCCUCCAAAACGGAAACCCGUUACCAACCCAGCACCUGGCAGCCGUACUAGACUAUAAUGCGCUAGGCGUAGCUACCUUCUUACCACGCACCCAUGUAGUCACUGCGCUUCCAGACGCCACAGACGACCCUUAGUUAACUCACUUAGUGGGGUGGUAUAGACGUGAAGCCUGGCAGCGCAAGGGCUCCUGAACUCCCUCCGCUCUCCCCACGGGAGGGUCUCCCGGGGCGGCCCGGCUCUGCCCUCUAAGCCUUGAUGGCAGCACUGUUUCCUCCGGAGACCGUGGAUGUGACCCAUCCCAGUCCCCUCAGGAAGGCCGGCCUGGCCUUUCCUACUACAACUCUGAUGGUCGCUCACUGGCCGCCAUUCCUCCUCCGGGUCCUCACAGACCACUGGGUUUGGCAGAACUCCUGUGGCGGCAGAGACCUUCUGAGCCUGUCAUCCACCAGGCCCCUUGAUGGCGGAGGGGAGUUGGGGGUGUGUCCCCACCCGCAGGUUGUCUGGAGACUCAGCCCGCUCUCUGUGGUGCGUGCGCUCCCGCGCCCACUCUGUCCUCUGUAACCACCACGGAAUAAAAGUUGGUUUGGAACGUUUUUAUACCCAA